AGGCUCUCUGCAUAUGUUUUUGUCUCCUCCAAUAAGGCCUCUGAUCCGCGUUUGCGUGUGCUUUACAGCGACCACACAGCAGGUCUCCAAUCUAAGCCCGAGUGCCCACUUCAAACUGAGUGAAGGAAUGGCCGACGACGAACAGAGUCAGCUAACCCGCCGUCGAACCUACAACGUGACUCCGCUCUCUCUGUUCGGAGUGGAGGUGAGCGGAAUAGACCUCCGACGGCCCGUGGAGAGAGAGACCGUGGACGUCAUAAAGGAGGACGUGGCUCGCUACAGGCUGAUGGUGUUCCGGGGCCAGGGGGUGAUCAGUGCCCACAGACAGGUGGAGAUUAGCCACUGGUUCGGAGAGCUGGACUGUCCCUUCUAUAAUCAUCCAGCCUCUGCACAUCCGGAGGUGUUCCGAGUGUCAAAUGAUGAGCACGAAGGAUGUGUGGGAGUGGGUCGGACUGGAUGGCACAUUGACGGUAGCUUUCAGGAGUGUCCCUACAGCCAUUCCAUAUACCACAUCAUCUCGGUACCCUCUCGGGGAGACACAGUAUUCACGCCACUACACGAGGUGGUUGAGUCACUGACAGACGAGCAGCACUCUCGCUGGGAUCGACUAUACAUGGUGGCCGAUCGAAGAGGAGGCCUGGUGCAUCCUCUUCUCUACCUGCACCCUGUCACUGGGAAAGAGGUGUAAUUUUUUCAACCCUAUAUUGCUCACCCAACCUUAACCAGACUGAGUCGAGAGCUAGUCUUAGUUGCUGUAGCAUUUCCUUUAAUCAGUUGGCAAGCUACGCAUAAUAACAUGUUAGCAAGCUGAUUCCAUCAAUAUCCCUUCCACUGUAAAAACAUGUGGAACCUUACUUCUGUAAGGACGCCCCCGAAUGUUGUAAUUAGGACCCCUUUUGUUUCCCAACAACAGUUUCUUGCACCCUUGAAAUAAGAGCACAUACACUAACGACACUCGGUCGAGAUAAGAGGGGUUAUACACUAUUACUCUUCUCCUAAUCUGCGUGCCACCAUUGCUGCCAUGAGUAUCUCGAUCGCAGACCUUGUGUUUCCACACGGGGAUGGUGGAGGCGUUCAUCUGGGACUACGGCUCACCAGACGCCAGGAGAACAGAGCCCGGGGAGAUUGGGGAAAUCCUCUCCGAUAUCCACCGUCAAAUUGUUAGAGAUAAUCGCAGACACGUUUACUCUCACAAGUGGAGAGAGGGUGAUUUCAUUAUAAGUGACAACCUGGCGGUGGGUCACGAGGCCAGCCUCGACACCCAGCUCCCUCGCAGUCAGGUCGGUCUGCGGGUGAUGCACCGGACCACUGUCAAAGGAACACACAGACCCCGCAAGACACAGCAUACCUCCGGUAGCUCAAGGUAGCGCAACAGCGGUCUUGAAACUAUGCACUCUUUCUAUAUCGUUAAUCGGUGACACUGUACAACAGUAUAUAUCCAGCAAAUUUCAUGAUCGUUUAGUUUUCUGUACGUCUUGUACAUCGACCCCAUUUU